UCAAGACUAAAUUCUACAUUCUGAGGGAGAGAGUAAGACUAAAGAGAGAGGGGGACUGUACUGUACAUUAACUGUCUGUAUGGUACAGACUCUAUAACACUGUCAUGGCUAGGGCUAGGGUCAGGCAUGCAGGAGUCUGCCUGCUGCUUCUGCUGAUUGUGGCACUGGUUAUCAGUGCUGACGCAGAAGCAGAGAUGCGAAGAAAGAAUCUCAGGAGACAGAAGAGAGAAUGGAUCCUGCCUCCUGUCAAAAUCUACGAGAAUACAAACUACACAAAAAGAGAGUACAUUGCCAAGAUCCGCUCUGAUAAGGACAAAGAGGCGAAGGUGGAGUAUUACCUGGCAGGGAAGGGGGCUGACAAACCCCCCUUUUACCUUUUUAUUGUCAACCCCGAGAAUGGCUUUGUAAGAAUCACUGACAUCCUGGACCGGGAGAAAUGCCCCAUGUACAACUUGACUGGAGGGGCCAGGUACAGAAACGGGACCUUGGCGGAAGAAAAUAUUCCUCUGCAGAUUCAUGUCAUUGAUCUGAACGAUAACUCACCUUACUUUGAGCUCCACUCUGGGUCCAUCGCAGAGUCCAGCAAAGCAGGCACAGAAAUCAUGCAGAUCAUUGGGAAAGAUGAUGAUCAGGAGGGGAGCAUCAACUCUAAGAUCCAUUACAAGAUCCUCAGCCAGAAACCAGCAGGGUCCGGAGCCAUGUUCACCAUCGAUGAGAAUACAGGGAAACUCUUCGUCAAGGAUGCCACACUGGACAGAGAGACUCACGAUUUGUACACUAUAAUCGUCCAAGGGACAGAUAUGGGCGGGGCAGCUGGAGGCAACACGGGAACAGGAACUGUGGAAAUAAAGGUCCUGGACAUCAAUGACAACAUCCCCACACUGGAGAAGGGGCAGUAUGCAGGGAACGUUGACGAGAACAUUGCUGAUGUCAUUGUGAUGAGGAUCAAAACAGUGGACAGAGAUCUAGAACACACAGAUAACUGGCGGGCCGUCUUUCACAUCACCCAAGGCAACGAGGACGGACUCUUCUCCAUCGAGACGGACCAAGACACCAACGAAGGCAUUCUGAAGCUGAUCAAGGCAGUAGAUUUCGAGGAAGUCCAGAAAUUAGAACUUGGAAUAGUCAUUGAGAACGUAGCUCCUUUUGUUGUAGGGAGUGCUGUAGCGAUGGAUGUGGAUGUUUAUGCUGGGGGGGGGGGAGGGCCGGGAGCUGGAACUGGAGAUGGGGCUGGAGCUGGAGCUGGGGCAGGGGCUGGAGCAGGGGCUGGUGUUGAAGUAGGAGUGGAUGUUGGGGGAGAUGUGGGGGUGAAUGCAGGGGUGGAUAUGAAUGUAGAUGCUGGAGCUGGGCCCGGGGUAGGUGUUGGGGCUGGGGUUAAACCAGGAGUUGGGCCUGGGGUUAAGCCUGAUCCCAAUGGGAAGCCAAAACCAAAGCCUAAAGGGGGGAAGAACUACCCGAUUUCGAUCGCAGUUAACAACAUGCCGGAAGGUCCAGCAUUUAAGCCCAGCACCAAACCUGUGUCUGUCUCUGAGGAUCCCAACAAAAUGCCGAAGGAUGGAAUGAUCGGCUCGUACCCUGCUGUGGACGGAGAUACAGGGGAGCCUGCUGAGGACGUCAGGUAUGCCAAAGCCUAUGACCCAGACAACUGGGUGACCAUCGAUGACAAGACAGCUGAGAUAAGACUUAUCAAGACGCCAGAUCGAGAGUCUAAGUUCUUGGUGAAUGGGACAUACUUUGCCAAGAUACUCGUCAUUACCCAAGAUAUGCCCUCUAAGACAGCCACGGGCACCAUAGCCAUCCAGGUCCAAGACUCCAACGACCACUGCCCCAUGCUGACUACUACCUAUGAGAGCGUGUGCUCGGGCAAACAUACGGUCAACGCCACCGCGUUCGAUGAGGAUGUCUCGCCCAAUGGAGCUCCGUUCACCUUCACCGUGGUGGCUGAGGGGACACGUGGCAAAUGGGAAAUAGAACACAUCAAUGGCACGACGGCUGUCUUGCGAUCUACUGAGGCAUUAUGGCCGGGUGAGUAUGAGGUGAGCGUGGCGGUAGCAGACGAGCAGGGCCUGUCCUGCCCAGAGCCACAGGUGUUCAAGGUGGAGGUAUGUACCUGUUUGGAGGGGGAAGACUGUGGCUCCAGGACUAUCAGUUUACGCCAAAAGACCACCGACGCCAUAAUUGGUACCCCUGCCAUCGGACUGCUCAUCUUAGCCAGCUGUGUUCUGCUACUGGUACCUCUGAUACUGCUGUUCUGUCAGUGUAGAGGAGCCUUCGCUGACCAGUUCACUGACCUGCCGUUCGAUGCCAAGGAAUACCUCAUAUCCUACCACACUGAGGGAAAGGGAGAGGAUAAGGAGGUGCCCCUACUCAGUAUUCCUACAACCGUAACUGAUGGAAGGGCUGCACUAGGAACAGGAUCAAUUCGGCCAGCAAACAUCGCCACAAAAUCCUCACGUAAUACUUCAAACAAUAUACGUCAGAGCAGUGGGGUCUCCAGUGAGGACAUGCAUACACUGCGUCGGGAGCAGAGCCACAUGGGUAUGGAGAUGGACUACACCUAUGGACUCCAGAAUGGUGGAGGCUUUGAGGCUAGUAUGGGGCUGGGAAGCAGCACCAUGCAUUCCAGAUACGCCACACACACCUCACAUGUCAAACAAGACAUCUAUGAGGACAUGGCACUCCCAUGUACUUUCCUGGAUGGCUACUACUCACAGAAAGUGACAUGUGCAUCUCAGAACCCUCCACUGAAAGACAGUAAGUUGGUGUAUGACUACGAGGGCCAGGGCUCUCCUGUCGGCUCGGUGGGAUGCUGUAGCCUCCUGGAAUCUGACAACGACCUCCAGUUCCUCAAUGACCUGGGGCCAAAGUUCAAGACCCUGGCUGACAUCUGCUCUCCUCCAAAACUUCAACCCAAACCUCAACCCAAACCUAGAAUGGUGGAGCGCAUCUUCGAGCCAAAACACCCCGAAAUCAAAAGAGAGAGCAUCGUCACCGCCAGCAAUGUCAACAUCACCAAAUCUUCCAUUAGAAAUGUCAAUAUCAACCAAUCGUCCACCAGCACCAGCAGAGUCAAUAUCUCCCAAACACCUCCCACCAGUCCCCCUGCCACUGGGGUUAGUAACUUCUCUAACAGUCAGUCCGCCACUUUCCCACCGCCCCCUACGCAGACGAUUCUGCUGCAGCAACAGCCUAUGUACUACACCACCAUGCAGCCCGUGGUGCAGCCCCUGAUGCAACCCAUACAGUAUGUACUGACUGAUGGCGGCUCUACCACCAACCUAAAGCGUAUGGUAGUGCUCAACGGGCCCCCUGUGUCUGGAAGCAUGGGAAGUCUGGGAGGCCUUGUCAUCCAAGGCAACAGGGUCAUAUCAGAGACCUCCACUAGCCCCAUCAGUCCCAGUACCCCAGGAAGCCCCACCAUGCUGGGGCUGGGUAGUCCCAGAAGCCCUGGGUGGAUCCAAGGCUCCCUACCCAGGGGUGGCCUGGGUGGUCUGUCUGUAGUGGGGCACAGCCCUGAUGGUAACUAUGUUUACAUGGAAAGGCAGGUUAAUGUAAGUGGAGAGCCACAGGUGGGGUCUGGGGUCCCAGGUGUACCUUCUCAGGGCAGUUUGCCCAGGGGUGCAUUCCUGUUGAAGGAGGCUGCUCCCCCUCAGGGGGUUUUAGGCCUGGCAGCCCAGGGUGUGGGUGGGGGUGGUGGAGGUGUGUAUGGCAUUAUGCCAGGACACACCUUUACAAGGGUGAGGCAGGUUGGGGGUGGGCCUAUUGGGGUUGGGCCGGCUGGAAUGGGGCCAGGGGGGAUAGGGCAUAUAGUUAUAGGAUCGCAGGGACACCCAAUGUGGGUGCCACUGAGCCCCCCAGGGGGUAGCCGUGGACAGAUGGAGGGGGCAGCGCCAACAGGUGAUUCUCAACCAACUCCGGUUACUGUUGAAAUACCAGAGUCCAGAGUGGCAGAGAUUGAGAGGAAACUGGUGUUUGAGGGCCAUAGUGAACCAGGUGAGCAAAUAGAGGAGGAGGAAGAGGAAGGGGAGGAAGAGGAGGAGGAAGAAGAGGAAAUGCAGGAGGAAGAGAAUGAGGAGGAGGAAGAGGAGCCUUUAGAACAGACAAAAGAAACAGCUGUGACUGAGGAAGAACCCGUAACUUUAGCUUUGGCCUCAGAGCCAUCAACAGAACAGGUUGAGCCAUCUGAGUCACUGGAACACAAACUAACAUACCAAUCCAUUGAGUCAAGCCAUCCAACAGAUGAAGAUGCAUCAACUCAAUUAAAUGAAGUCUCUCGAGCUCUCGAUGAAGAAGGCCUAGUUGACUCUGAGGACCAGCUGUCUGAUGAGGAUGUGUCCAUGGUAGUCGAGGCCUCCUCAGAAGAAGCAUCCAUGUCCGAAUCAGACAUUAUAGAUUUAGUUGGUACAGAUCAGCCAACUGAGGAUGAAGACUCUAUAGAUCUAGUUGGUACAGAUCAGUCAGCCGAGGAAGAAGACAUUAUAGAUCUAGUUGGUACAGAUCAGCCAGUCAAGGAAGAAGACAUUAUAGAUCUAGUUGGUACAGAUCAGCCAGUAGAGGAAGAAAACAAUAUAGAUCUAGUUGGUACAGAUCAGCCAGCCAAGGAAGAAGACAUUAUAGAUCUAGUUGGUACAGAUCAGCCAGCCAAGGAAGAAGACAUUAUAGAUCUAGUUGGUACAGAUCAGCCAGUAGAGGAAGAAGACAUUAUAGAUCUAGUUGGUACAGAUCAGCGAACCGAGGAAGAAUUAGUAGAACUGACUCUGGAAGAGGAAGUGGUUUCAGAAUGGCAGGAAUUUCAGCUAACGGUGGAUCCAGUCACUAACGGUCAACUAGAGAAGGGUAUUACUGAGACAGAAGAGAUGAUGGUAUCAGAAGCACAGCAAGACCCGGUCACAGUUGAUGACAUCACUGAUAGCCAAGAGGAGGGUACAGCUGAGGAGGAAAUUAUGUCACAGCUUCAGUUAGAUGAGCUUACAGUAUAUAGCCUAACAGAUAACCAGGAAGAGGAGGGGAAGGCACCUGAAGAAGUUUGCUUAAAAUCAGAAUUGCUCAUAGCGGCUUACAGUGCACUUGAUGGCCAAGAAGAAGAGGGUAGUCCUGAGGAGGAAUUGAUGUCAGAGUUGCGGCAGAAUCAGCCAAUAUCACAUAGCGACACUGAUGUCCAGGAGGAGGGAAGUCAGGGAGAUGAAGAGGCAGCGCUGAAUGCUCAGAUAGGAGAGGUGAAGGGAGAGAUGGAGGAAGAAGUGGAGGAAGAGAUGGAGGGAGAAGAGGAGGAAAAGGUGGAGAUGGAGGAAGAGCUAGAGAGAGAGCUAGAGGGAGAGCUGGAGUCUUCCCAGGUGACAGAGGAGGUGGAGGAGGGAGAGGUGGAGUCUUCCCAGAGUGAAGCAUUUGAUGAAUCAGCACCAGAACAGGAGUACACAGAGGUAGAUCAGGACAUAGAGACAUCAGAAGAGACUGAAACACUAGACUCAGAGAACAUAGAGGACAUACGAAGCCGGUAUACUACAGGCCUGAUGCCAAUGUCAGGUGAUGGAAUGAUAGACGAGGGCACUGUUGUUAGGGAGAGCCAAGUUUCUGUUGAUCAAGAUUUAUCUGGAGGCGCAGACUUAGUGACUGUGGAGGGUGAGGUGGAGUCUGUUGAACUAGUAGCAGAAGAAGCUGUUUGUUCAGCCCUAAAGGCUACAGGUGAUGUAGAGGAAUCUGAAGAGGAUGACGAGGUGGGAGAGAGUCUGGUCACCUCUCGCCAAAUCGCUGAAGUCAAAACACUAAGAGAAGAAGUAGACGAUAGUGAGAAUGUUGUAGGAGAGGAGAUGGAGUCUGUUGUUGAGACAGUUGAGGAAGUAGAGGCUAGUGCUGACCAACAGACAGAGUCCACAGUAGCUACAGAAGAGAUUGAGUCCCCUAGCGAAGAAUUGGCCGAGGACCUAGAGGUGACCUCUUCAACACCAGAGGCUACAGGUGAGGUUGCUGUUGAGGCAGGUGAGGCUAUAAAUGCAGUGGCAGGUGCAGCAGUGGAUGAUAUAGUAGUGGAGGCUGCGGGUGAGACAUCAGGUGAGGCCGCAGGGGCAGCUGGUGGGUCAGAACAGGCCCCAAAGACAUUGGCUUCAUCUUUCCGUAGCAAAUUCAGGAUGGGCUCCAAGAAAGAAUCUACUCCCAAGAGUCCAAAGAGUCCCACAGCAAAGUGCAAACAACAGUGA